GUGAGAACUCUCAAGUUUUGUAAAGCCUUUGAUAAUCUGCAUUUGUAUGAUAGAAACUACAAAUGUUUGCCUUCUGAAGAAGAGUGGGAUCAUGGUGAGAAGAUUCAAGACUUCUUAAAGCCAUUUAGUACAAUCACAACAUGCUUCUCUGGAGUCCUACCCCACAGCCAGUGUUUAUUUCAUGCUAGUAUGGAAGAUCGGGUUGUUGUUGAGGUGGUAUGCAAUGUGUAAGGAUAAUGAGAUAAGAUUAAUGGCUGUGGAUAUGCAAAGUAAGUUUGCUAAAUACUAGGACGAGUACAGUCUUAUUUUAGCUAUGGCAGCAGUACUAGACCCAAGGAUUAAGCUACAGAUGCUUAAGGAAGUUUAUCAUAAGCUGGAUCCUAGAACUUCUGAGAAGAAGGUUGAAGUCGUGAGGAAGAGCUUGGAGUUGCUUUAUAAAGAGUACAGUUCAAAGUCAUCAGAAAAUUCUUCCAGAAUUCCAAGAAAAACUCCACAAGAACUCCUUCCAGAGUCUCCUCUUGAAGAUGAUUUUGAUGAUGAUCUGCUUGAGCUUGAAAGGUGUAUCCAGUUUGGUUCAAACAACGAAAGGACAAAUCUGGACAUGUAUUUGGCUGAUACUAAGGUUGAUAUUUCGGCUUUCUCAGAUAUGGAGGUGUUAGAGUACUGGAAAGAUAAGCAACACAGAUAUACAUCUCUAUAA